AUGAUGAGCCCUUACUCCCUGGCCUACCUCCUCCUCCUGCCGCUGGUCAACUGCUCUCCUCUACGGGACAGAAGAGGACCCACAAACGCCCUGAGUAGCUUUGCAGCCAGAGUGGGCUGGUCCAUUCCGGCAGAGGGGCUCCGACCCCACUUCAUGUGGGGGUCUUCUCGGUGGUCAAGAGCUCCGUGGCCACAGGCCCUGCUUGUCAAGGCCAAGGAGCUGCAGACACUGGGCAGAGUGUAUGCUGGCUUCAGGCUCCGCUUCAGGAGGCAGGACGAAGGCAGCGAGGGUACCAGCUUCCUCCCUGUCGAUGGUGAAAAGGCCAGCGGCCUAUUAGGAAACCUGGCUGAAGAGCUCAAUGGCUACAGCAGGAAAAAGGGUGGCUUCAGCUUUCGCUUCGGCCGGCGGUAA